CUCUCUCUCUCUCUCUCUCUCCAGGCCGACGUGCCUCGCGGUCUCCUCUGUCUCCUCCUCCAUGUUCCAUGAAAAACCCUUGAACAAAGGGAUAGAAGAGUGAUGCUACAGGUACCGACCCGUCGGUAUCGAAAUCGUAGGGACGGCCGGGCCGGGCCGUAUACAUACCCAAAAACGGACACAAAUCUUUGCUAUUAAUCUGCACCAGUCGCCUCCGCAAGGGCGAGAUCGAGAUGGAGGUUCCAACGCCGCCGCCGCCUUGUCCCGGUCCGAGUUCCUGACCCGGCAAGAGGUCCUGAAGCACCGCUUGCGCCGGCGCAAGCGACUGGCCAAGGUGUACGGAGACCAUUACUGGUCCAUGAUGGAGAAUGUCAAGAUCAAGUUCAGGGAGUGCUACUGGGAGUACGGCAAGACCCUCUUCCAGGAGAAGUCUCUAUUUUACAUGCUCACAUCGGCUCGACGGUGAAGAACAGAGCAAUUCGAACUUUGAAGUAGCAACCAACACAGUGUAGGACUAGAGAUGUUGAAUCAAUACUGUAAGAAUUUGCAUGUCAUCAACAAUAGUUUGGAGGAUGGGUGGGGUGAAUUUUAUGAUGAUAAUCACUUGCAACAAGAAUUUAAGAUUAUCUUUGGCUACCAGCACAAAUGGAUUUUCGAGGUUUUUAUGUUAGACGAAAACUUGAAUCGUGAUAAGUAUGGCCCUAUGAAUGCAAAUUCUGAUCUCGUUGACAACAAUGCUCCAUCUGGUGAGAUCAUGACAGCAUGGCUGCCUUCAAUUUUCUUUGCUGAUCGUUACCCAUUACAAUUCGCAUAUGUUAAGGCACCUCAAACUUCAGUGAGUCAGCUUUUUGCAGUUUAUUUCCACCCUUUACUUCAGGAGGAGAACAUUGACAAAAUUAUUGUUCGCAUGAAACGGUUAACCUUGGAAAUUCCAAAAAUUCAGGGUAGUCUUCAGCCCAUAGGUCUCGAAAUCCUACAAAUUAUGUUGAACUUACAAGACUCAAAUCUCAUGCUUGUUGCUGUCCUCCGGCAUCCAGAUGAUGUUCGUCUUUUGGUACUCUACUCAAAUGGAUUUGAAAAAAUGUACUCAUGGUUUGAAUGAUCUGUUUAUGAAAACUAUUACUCCCUCCGUUCCUUUUUAAGUGUCUUGCUUCGUAACUCCAACUUAUUAAAAAGACAUCAUCAUUACACCUUUCACAUUAACUUUUUCAUCCACUUUUCCUAUUUACCCAUUAUCAUUACACUUUUACUCACUAGCUUUUCAAAAUGAAAUAUACUUUUAGGGACAAAAUAGACAAUGCACCAACUUUUACCCCCCUAACUUUACAAAAUGAACACUUAUUAAAGGACAGCCCAGGCCAAAAUGGAAUAUUGGACAAAAAAAAGGGAUGGAGGGAGUAGUAUUGUUUUGACUUGGGCUUCUGUAUGAUGAAUUCUUAAGUUUUAAUUUUCAACAGUAAGACAAGAUGUAAUCUAUAUUUCCAUUGUGAAAAUGUGUGCCAAUGUAAAUUAUUGAAUCUAUUAUGUGGUGAAUAUAUUUUCCCUUCUCUA